AUGACAUCUCUCGCCCCCCUACCAUCCACAGAGGUUCCAGAAUCUCCAGCUAGAAAAGGAGCACGCGCCUAUCUGAAUAAUCUCCUCUGCAAAACCUUACUCGUUCACACAACGGAUAAUCGCAUGUUUCGGGGGGAAUUCAAGUGUACCGAUUCUGAUCUGAACAUAAUCCUCUCCGAAACAUACGAAUAUCGCAUUCCCCACUCUCCUCCCGCACCGACAUCUUCUUCUCCUCAACCACAAGAUCCCACCUCCUCACCCCCGGAACUCCAAUCCCAACCCCUCCUCAACAUCACCCCCCGCUGGCUCGGUCUCGUCGUCGUCCCCGGCGCCCACAUCCUACGCAUUGAACUGGAAGAAUUCGAAAGUCAAGUGCGAGGUCGCAAACCCUAA